CUGCCCUUUCGCUCUCCCGGGACGUGUGGCCAGGGCUGCCCGCCCCCGGCCCGCCGCGCCCCGGCCUUUCCCUCUCGCUGCCGGGGCAGGUUCGCUUCCUUCGGCUGCGCAGCCCCCGGGGCCGCUGCACAUCGCCAGCCGUCCCCGCACCCCUCCCGUCGCCCUGCCCCCAGGGCUCCCCGGCCUUCCGUGAGUCCCUUGCGGCGACCGGGGCGGGGGUUUGGGGGGCGGGGGCUCCUGCAGGGCAGGGGGGCAGCCCAGGCACAGCCCUCAGCCGGGAGACCAGGGACCCCCGGGCUGGGAUACGGGCAGUGGGCAGCCCCAGGCAGCCCCUCCCGCGUCCCCGGCCCCAUCCCCCGCCCCGUCGCACCUGCCGGUGCCGGCAGCGCUUUCCGGGAAGGCAGCGGGGGGCCCCGAGGGGAGGGGUUACCAAGGGGCGAGGCGGUCGCAGCUCAGCCGGAUUUCGGAUUCGCUGCUGCAUCGGGAUGAGCCGUCACCUCCUCUCCAUCCUCACCCUGCCUAUCGGGGCCUCCGUGGCCGCGGCCGCUGCGGGGACACAGCUCUUCUGCCAGGCAGCCGAGGACCCCAGCGGGGAAAAGGCCCGCGAGAAGGAGGCAAAGGCCACCAAGAGCAAGUGGUGGCCCAUUCGAGAGCAGAAACACCCCACAAGGAAUGUCAAGUGUGACCUGACCGGCUGGUGGGAGAACGAGCUGGGCUCCAAGAUGCACGUGCCUGAGGUUGACAGCCAGGGCAGGUUCUCCGGCGAGUACAUCACUGCCGUGUCGAGCGCCCAGAAACCCAUCGAGCCCUCCCCGCUUGUCGGCUCCCAGCACUUGGAUGAGGACGGGCAGUGCACCUUCGGCUUCACCGUCAACUGGAAGUUCUCUGACUCCACAGCUGUCUUCGUGGGCCAGUGCUUUGCUGGGAACAGCGGGGAGGAGGUCCUGCAGACCUCCUGGCUGCUGCGGGAGAAGGUCGACUCCCUGUCCAGCGACUGGAAAGCCACCAGGACCGGGCACAACAUCUUCACUCGGGUGCACUGAAGGGAGGAGGGAGAAUCCUCUCGCUUCAGCCGGGCUCGGCAGAACAGGUGUUCCCUCAGCAGCUUCAGGGUUGGUUUCAGCUUUAACGGAAGAUGUCGCCAAGUUCCAAAGAAAAAUAAACUUGUUUUUUGUCUUUAAA